AUGACCCACCAGGGUGGCCGGAGUGGAGAGGAGUCCGUGGUGCCACUCGGACGCAGCGGAGAGGAGUUUCUGGUGCCGCCCGGAAGCAGCGGCGAGGAGUCUCUUGUGUCGCCCGGAGGCAGCGGAGAGGAGUCUCCGGUGCCAGACAGCGGCAGCGGAGAGGAGUCUCUGGUGCCACAAGGAAGCAGCGGAGAGGAGUCUCUGGUGCCACAAGGAAGCAGUGGAGAGGGGUCUCUGGUGCUGCCCGGAGGUGGCGGGAAGGAGUCUCUGGUGCCGCCAGGAGGCAGCAAAGAGGAGUCUCUGGUGCCACAAGGAAGCAGCGGAGAGGAGUCUCUGGUGCUGCCCGGAGGCAGCGGAGAGGAGUCUCUGGUGCUGCAAGGAAGCAAUGGAGAGGAGUCUCUGGUGCUGUCUGGAGGCAGCGGAGAAGAGUCUCUGGUGCCGCCCGGAGGCGACGGCGAGGAGUCCCUGGUGCCGGACGGUGGCAGCGGAGAGGAGUCUCUGGUGCUGCCCGGAGGCGGUGGCGAGGAGUCUCUGGUGCCGCCCGGAGGCGAUGGCGAGGAGUCCCUGGUGCCGGACGGCGGCAGCGGAGAGGAGUCUCUGGUGCUGCCCGGAGGCGGUGGCGAGGAGUCUCUGGUGCCAGAUGGAGGCAGUGGAGAGGAGUCUCUGGUGCUGCCCGGAGGCGGCGGGAAGGAGUCUUUGGUGCCAGACAGCGGCAGCGAAGAGGAGUCUCUGGUGCCGCAAGGAAGCAGCGGAGAGGAGUCUCUGGUGCUGUCCGGAGGCAGCGGAGAGUAG